GGUUUCUUUAUUUUUUACAAGCGAUUCCUACUGGACAGCUUUAAGCAAGUACCUGUGGACAUCAUAAAUCUUCAACAUGGUUGAGUGGACAGAUGCUGAGCGCAGUGCCAUCCUUGGCCUGUGGGGAAAACUCAAUCCCGAUGAAAUCGGACCUCAAGCGCUGGCCAGGUGUCUGAUCGUGUAUCCCUGGACUCAGAGAUAUUUCGCCAGCUUUGGCAACCUGUCAAGCCCCGCUGCCAUCAUGGGUAACCCCAAGGUGGCAGCUCACGGAAGGACCGUGAUGGGAGGUCUGGAGAGAGCCAUUAAGAACAUGGAUAACAUCAAGGCCACCUUUGCCCCGCUGAGUGUAAUGCACUCUGAGAAACUGCAUGUGGAUCCCGACAACUUCAGGAUCCUCGCUGAUUGCAUCACCGUGGUCGCAGCCAUGAAGUUCGGACCCGCAGGUUUCAAUGCUGACAUCCAGGAGGCUUGGCAGAAGUUUCUGAUGGUCGUCGUGUCCGCCCUGGGCAGACAGUACCACUAGAGUCACAUCACAAAUGAACACCAGCUGUAUUGCAGAAGAUCGCACCGCGAAGAGAUGUCAUCAUAAAGAGAUUAUUCUUAUAACAUAUCAUAAAUAAAAAAUUUUGUUAAAAGCA